GCGGCGAGUGACAACAGCCGAGAUUGGGGUAAACAUGGCCGACGAAGAGGACUCGUCACCGGACCCUGCCACGGGUGCUCCGCCGGGGAGCCCUCACACGGGCCGAGCUCAGUCCGUGUCGUUCUCCGAGAGCUUCCAACCGGCGGUAGGAAUGGUUAGCCAGUUGCUAAGCCAGCCGUCAUCGCUCAAGUUCGACAAAAAUAUCAAGCAGGCCUUCUACAACACCGGGGCGAUGAUCUUCGUGGCUAUCUGUUGCGGGGCAGCGGUGCUGGUCUACUUCAUCCUGGAGGCUUUCCUCCGGCCGCUUCUUUGGGCAGUGUUAUGCGGCACUUUCCUCCACCCCUUCAAGCACUCGCUAGCCCGGCUUGGGCGCUCUUGGCUUAACGGCUUGCAGGACACAGGGACGCCCAUCGUGGUGGGCACUCUGCUAGUACCGGUGUGGUGCGUCAACCACACGGUGGACUUCCUGGGGCGCCAGGUGAUGGAGAAGCUCCCCCUGCUACUGGCUAUCGGUGCCGGGGCGCCUCUGCUCUACGUCCUCUACCUGUCGUGGAGCGUCGUCGGCAUGCAAGUGGUUCUCGGCCACUUAUGGGGGAUCAUUGGGGCUGGGCUGGACUGUUUCCACGCGGUGUGGGUUUGCACAGUGGUCAUCGGCUAUUUGUUAGCCGUCUGCUUUAAAUGGAGCCCCCAGACUGAAGGCUACCUAAGGUCCGCUGCCUUGCCUGUAUGGACCACUCUCCUUUUCUACAUUGUGUCUUUGAUGGGCUCAUGGAGGGUUCCUUUAUUUAUGGUGGUGUUGCUGCUACUCAUUGUGGGCUCCCAAGAGAAGCCUCCUGUCCCCGGCAGAGGAGAGCUGUCUGGUCAGAUGUUGUCGUUUGCCGCUAACACUAUUUACAUGGCCAUUGCUUGUGGUAGCCUGCCAUCCAAAACUGAGCCCAGGGAAGGAUGCACCGCAGGUGGCAGCGACUCAGCGGACAGCCUCCAUGCCACCCCGGGGUUCCGUCAGCGCCCUCCAAGAGCGCCGUCCGGUCUCUUCCAGAAGAAGUCCUCCCACAAAGCCAGCGACAUCUACUUCAUCCUCCUCGCGUGGGCCAUAGUCCUGGUCCAGAUCUGGCUGAACUUGUGGGUCCUACAGCUCCUGCCCAUCCCCGUGGCCGUGUGGGUCAUGAAGAAGUCGGUGGUCCAUUUUGGCCUGAAGAGCUUUGCGGCGAGGACUCUCAACUCGUGGUGGGCCGUGUUGGAGAAGUUUGGGCGGGAACGAGAGGAGGCUCUGCUACCGGGUCCCAUCAAAGGCUUGGCGCAGUUCGUGCUGCGGAUCGACACAAAGAUGGUGGUGUGGCUGGAGCGCUCUCUGGAUAAAAUCAUCAGCAUCUUUAUUAUCAUCUUGCUGGUCACGGGGACCCUCCUCAUGGGGCUGUUGCUCACUGUCAUGGUUCACCACGAGAGCGCUCACAUCAUUGACGUCACCAGUAAUCUCAUCAACGAGACAGUCUCCAACCACCCAGAGUGGGCAAACUUGCUCCCGGAAGCUCGUGUGGUCCAGAAGGCUCUCAAUUCGGCCGCCACCAACGUCUACGAGCACGGGAGAGAAUGGAUAACACACAAACUUCACAAGAUGUUAGGAGACAAGGUGAACCACACAGAUAUGAUUGAGAAGCAAGUUCUGGAGCUUUGGGACCGACUCUACCACUCCUGGUUUGUGAAGAACGUCACCCACUCGGGUCGCUUUCGUGGUCCCAAGUUGAAUAUCCAGCGAACAAACAGCUGGUUGGUGGACAUGCUGGACUGGAAGGACAUCGCCUCCUUCCUGCAGGAUAAUAUCGAGACUCUGUGGUCUAUUCUGGAGUCCCUCUGGGUGGUGAUGAGCAGGAACGUUGGUCUCCUCAUCUCCACGACCACCACCCUCUUCACUGUGCUCUUUCACAGCGGGACAGCUGUGCUCAACUUUGUCCUCAGCCUGGUGAUCUUCUUGACCACCCUGUUCUACCUGUUGAGCUCCAGCGGAGAGUACUACAAACCUGUCAAGUGGGUCAUCAACCUGACGCCACUGUCGCAGCCGGGACCUUCGUCCAACAUCGUCGGACAGUCUGUGGAGGAGGCCAUCAGAGGCGUGUUUGAUGCCUCUCUCAAGAUGGCCGCCUUCUACGGCCUGUACACUUGGCUCACGCACACCAUUUUCGGCAUCAACGUGGUCUUCAUUCCUUCAGCUCUGGCUGCCAUCUUGGGCGCGGUGCCCUUCCUUGGUACGUACUGGGCCGCCGUGCCCGCCGUGUGCGACUUGUGGUUGGCGCAGGGUGAAGGCGUCAAAGCCGUGCUGCUGCUCGUCUGCCAUCUGCUGCCCACGUACUUCGUGGACACCGCCAUCUACUCGGACAUCUCGGGUGGGGGUCACCCCUACCUGACAGGCUUAGCGGUGGCGGGCGGCGCCUACUACCUGGGUCUGGAGGGCGCCAUCAUCGGGCCCAUCCUGCUGUGCAUCCUGGUGGUGGCGGCCAACAUUUACAGCGCCAUGCUGAUGAGCCCCAAUUCUGCGGCCCCCACGCCCAUCCAGGCGGGUUGGCCCCAGCCCGGCAACAGGGCUUUCUCUGAAUCGACGCCAAUGGUCCUGAAGAAGAGCAACGAGUGACCUCACAGCGGCGGAACGUCGCCAAGCUUGAUGGCUACUUGGCAUGUGGCUCUGAGGGUCUGACCAGACGCCGCCACAGGCAGGAAAGAUGUCGUCACAGAUGCGCUCCCACGAUGCUUUGCUGCAGCGUUGCUCCGAGCAAAACGCUACCUGCCGCUGUUGAUCCCAAAAAAUUUACGAGGUGGACCACGUUGUCUCCUCUGCCCAAACAAUAAUGCAAGGUCGACAGGGUGAGACAAUUUUCUAAACACACCCCAUAGUGCUUACGUCAUCAUCAUCAACAACUUCUUUCCAAAGACGUCCACAAUGUGGACAUUUCUUGGGUUCUGGUUGCAAAGGGCCACAAACGUGUGUGGUUUUGCUGAAGCUUUACCACAUUGGAAAUAUUCAGUUGAAUGUAAGAAACUACUCAUUCAUUGCCAGACAUUUACCAUGAAUAGUAACUAAGAAAUUAUCCUGGUGCCAAAGAACUACAUAGAAGUGAUUUUCAGAUCUUCUAUCAGACAAACACUAUCUACGGGUAAAUUUUAAUUAUUUUUAGGUGGCUGUUUUGCACCAGGGCGCCAUACGCAAUUAUUAACAUUUAUUUUGUAACAUUAAAACAAUCUUUGGUAUUUUGCAACCCUACUCAUAUGACCUUCCAAGUAGCGCCGGGUUUGCACAGAAUUUACUUGUAAUAACAUAGCACACGCCUGCUCUUUUUUUUUUUCUUUUAACAAAGCAGUAAGAAACAUGUUACAUCUUUUGAUCAUGAGCCAACUGAGAAAUAAGAUGGGCAUACUCCAUUUUUCAAGUUUACUCCGGAUAUUUACAUGAAGACUUACUUGGACCACUGUUGCACUUAACUUUAAGUUCUAAAAUACAACUUGAACUGACUGUUCUAGAAAUUGACCAAAAUGGAGUCUGUCCCCGUUAGAGCUCAAGACGCUGCACUGAUUUUAUCACACUUAUUGACUUGUUUUUACUACACUAGCACUUUAAGAGUUUAUAGUGCUUAUCACCACGUAAAGCUUGGCGUAUAAUCAGUGGCUAAGUGAUGAUACAUGUGUUGUAGACGAGAUAGGACAUUGGGUUGUUUUUACCUUUCAUUUUGUGUAUGUGGUGUUUAGUGUGCAUAAACAAUACCAGUGUUUACA